AUGGGCCACCUGCUCGCCAAGGGGGCCACCAGCCGGAGCCGGGACAGCGCCGCCGCCACCCACCGCCGCCGCCGCCGCCGGCGGAGGAAGGUGGCGGCGCGGAGCCGCAGCUGCUUCCUGCGGGGGCCCUGCAUGCUCUGCUUCGUCGUGCACGGCGCCAGCCCGCCCACUGCCGCGCCCACGCCGCCCGGCGGGCACCCGCUGCCGCCCUCCGCCCGCCGCCUCCUCCUCCUCCGCCUGCCGCCCGCCGCCUGGCAGCCGCGGGGCCGCCGCCAGCGCCUGCUGCUCUCGGGCCUGCUGCCCUCGCCGCUGCGGGGCCUCCUCCCGGGACCGGCCGGGCCGCCCGCCGAGGCGCUCUCCGACAUGGUGUGCAAGCGCAAGGGGGCCGCCGGCCUGCCCGCCUGCCCGCCCUGCAAGCAGCCGCGCUGCAACGCCGCCAGCGCCGCCGCCAGCGCCGAGACCGAGGCCGCCGCCUGCCAGUGCCCUGCCGGCGAGCCCCAGCCCCGCGCCCUGCCCUCGGACGGCGCGGACGGCGGCGAGGGGAGCGGAGGGGGGCAGCCCGCCCCGCCGCCGCCGCCGCCCCCGGCCGAGGGCGAGAAGGAUCCGGAGAAGGAGAGGAGCGGCCCGGUGGGCUGCCAGGAGCCGCAGGAGCACCCCGCAGAGGGCUGCCGAGAGCCGCCGGCCGCCCCCGACAUCAACCAGCUGCCGCCCUCCAUCCUCCUCAAGAUAUUUUCCAAUUUAUCCCUGAAUGAGCGCUGCCUUUCAGCAUCAUUAGUGUGUAAAUAUUGGCGUGACCUGUGUUUAGAUUUUCAGUUUUGGAAGCACCUGGAUCUCAGUAGUCGUCAACAGGUCACUGAUGAACUGUUGGAAAAGAUAGUAUCAAGAAGCCAGAAUAUUACUGAAAUCAAUAUUUCUGAUUGUCGCAAUGUAUCUGAUAAAGGAGUAUGCAUAUUAGCAUGUAAAUGUCCUGGACUCCUAAGGUAUACCGCUUACAGGUGUAAACAGCUUUCUGACACCUCCAUCAUCGCAGUUGCCUCUCAGUGUCCACUUAUUCAAAAAGUGCAUGUAGGCAAUCAAGACAGACUCACCGAUGAAGGCCUAAAGCAGCUGGGUUCAAAAUGCAGAGAAUUGAAAGACAUUCAUUUUGGGCAGUGUUACAAGAUCUCAGAUGAAGGAAUGAUCAUUAUAGCUAAAGGCUGUCUGAAGUUGCAAAGAAUAUACAUGCAAGAAAACAAAUUAGUGACAGAUCAGUCAGUGAAAGCAUUUGCUGAACAUUGUCCUGAGCUGCAGUAUGUUGGUUUUAUGGGCUGCUCUGUUACAUCUAAAGGAGUCAUUCACCUCACCAAUCUAAGAAAUCUCUCCAGCUUGGAUCUACGUCAUAUCACAGAACUGGAUAAUGAAACCGUGAUGGAAAUAGUAAAGAGAUGCAAAAACCUUAAUUCCCUCAAUCUGUGUCUGAACUGGAUCAUUAAUGACAGAUGUGUGGAGGUGAUUGCCAAAGAAGGACGGAACCUGAAGGAACUGUAUUUAGUAUCGUGUAAGAUCACUGACUGUGCUCUGAUAGCCAUUGGACGAUACAGCAUGACAAUAGAGACCGUGGAUGUUGGAUGGUGCAAAGAAAUCACAGACCAUGGAGCCACCCAAAUUGCACAAAACAGCAAGUCUCUCAGAUAUUUAGGGCUGAUGAGAUGCGAUCAGGUGAAUGAAGCCACAGUGGAGCAGCUAGUGCAGCAGUAUCCGCAUAUAACCUUCAGUACUGUACUACAGGAUUGCAAGAGGACAUUGGAACGGGCUUAUCAAAUGGGAUGGACACCCAAUAUGUCUACUGCCUCUUAACCUCCUACACCAACACGACAGUUCUACCACCCUGCUGCAUUCAGUAGAUCUAAUGGGACUGCAGGGGGUUCACAACCUUUCAUUGUGAUACGUACAAUGAAUGCAAUAUAAUUGUGAGUUUACAGAGGUUACAGUAAAAUGGAAAAAGCUGUACACUGACUUUGAUGUACUGUACAACUAAGUACUGCUAUUGAAACAAAACUUUAGAAAUGCAUCGUAUCUUUUUGUUUGCAUAAAAGAUAUAAAUGUCUUUGGCAGAUUUCUUGAAGUGGAUUCCUACUAGUUCUAUGGGUAACUUGAGUUAUAAAAGAUAUUAAGCUUGUUUUCUUCUGUUUACUUUCUUUUGCCUUGGUCAUGUGCGUUUCCUUUGAUUUUUAGAUGGUAACUCAAUGCUAGCACCAGUGUAGAUGAUCAGCAGAGGCCUGUGCUGAAACUGGGAGCUAAACUUGAUACUUCUUAUUUACUAAAGCUACCCCAGGAAUUUUACGAUGCAUAGUGUAUAAGAAAAUCUACAAAGAAUUGUGAUUGUCUUACAGACUGUUUGAUAAUUUCACAAGUCGUUAUUUUGAACAGAAAUCUUAGUAAAUGAUGAUAAUGACUGAAUGGAUAUUUAAAGGACAAUCAUACUUCUUUUCUUUCUUUCACUUCACAGAAAUGAUAUUUUCUUUCAUUUUAUUUUGUUUAAAAUGGUCACAUAGUAGAUGCUGUACAGAUUUCCAAAUCUUUUCAUGUUGCAAUUUUUGCAACGCUUAACCUCACACUGAUAACCAGUUCCCACCAUAUAAAGUCAAGCAGGAACUGAAUACACAAACAAUCAGAAAUAAGUUAACAGACAGUGUUUAAGUAUCUGACUGAAAAAAAAAAAAAGGUUUGUUUGUUUUUUUUAAUUUGUUUGUUUGUUUGUUUUUAAGUGAAUUUGCCUGCUCUAUGCUGUUUUAUUGCUGAACUGGGCAAUUCAGAUGAAUGGUUAGAAACCAAUAAGGGGAUUCCUCUCAUUUCAUUUGUGAUUGUUAAUUUACAACAGAUCUUACAAUGCAAGGAAUGCUUACCUCGAUAAAAGCCUCUAAACAUGAGGCCUACUGUAGGUUAUUAUUUUGUAGGACCAUUAUUUUGUAGGACGCUUUAUAAUACAGUGUAAGCAAAAAAAAUACCAAUAGUAAAUACACAAAAAGGUUAAUUUUCUGUGUGUCACAUUGCAUUCUAAGGAGUAAAUUUUGACAAGGGGAUAGUGAAAAUAUAGAUAUUGCAGCUUCAGUUUGAAGUUGCAUUAACUUUCAAAGUAUUACCAUUUGGUUAAGAAUGAUUUGAUGUGUAUAACACUGGAUAUUUGUUCUUCAAAGGUAACAGCAUUUUAAUCCAAGGUAUGAAAUGCUUAAGCUUCAGCUGAAGAGUUGCUGUUAUUGUAAAAAUGUUUUGCUAAUCCAGAAAGUUUGAUGCAGCCUAACCUGGAGAGCUUGUUUAGUAUGGCUGUAUAACUCUGUAAAACUGUAUGUUGAUUUCCAUGGCAUAAUUUUUUACAACAGAAACAUCAACUCACAGUAAUUCCAGUGAGAGUGUUGAAUGUUUUCUUCUUAGACUUUUCAAAAUGGGGAUGAACUAAUUUCUUUUGAAAAAUAUAUAGUAAAGUUUUUGCUUUAAAUAUGGUAAAUACAUGUGAACAUGUGUAAUGCUGGGCUUUCUGUUUACUCCAAAAUGGCAACAAAUAUUUUCAGAAUAAAGCCAAUUAAUUAUAUUGCAGAUAUAGUACAGAAUCUUAGUCAUUUUUCUUUUAAUGUCUUUUUAUGAGUGCAUUAAAACUAUUCACACAAUUUGUAAGUUUCUAUUUUUCCGUGAAACUUCUAACCUUGCAAUGGGUUGCAAUAAAAGAAAA